AGGGCGGCAACAACAAAAAAGACUUCAUCAUACCCAAUCACAGGAGCGUGCUUCUCCAGAGGGGCGAGCUGUCGAGGGGUUUCUAAUGCUCUUAACAAACAAAGUCUUUAAUGCGACACGAUUUACAGCCUCGACCUCCACACGUCCCCUUCCUCUGCCCGCUCCGUCUGGACGGGCUCCUUUGUCCUCGCGCGUGGCUCGACGCCAUCUGCUCCAUGUUAAUUACAGGAGGAUUAUUUGGGGACGUGAGGGAGAAGGAGCGCCACCUCAGCUGCCCCCUUUCUUUUCCUUUUUCUCAUAAACAUGCAUGAAGUCGCAGACUUUUAAUAAUGGCACCGCCUGCGGUUCCUUUCCCCCCUCGCAACACGUUCCCUCCGCGGUGUACGGUUGCCGGGUGACGUCAGCGUCCCAGCGGCAGCGGCGGGCUGUGGAAGAGGAGAGGUCGACCUCCGGGAUGCGGUUCUCCCUCAGCCCGGACUCGCGCUGCGAGCACCGCCCGGACGUUCUCCUGCCGCCGACCGGCGACGCGUGUCGCGGGCGAUGUUGCGAGCGGCCGUGACGACGUGGACUGCGGAGCGGACGCCGCCGAACCUGACUGCAGCAGGAUGUCGUCGUCUGCCAUUGAGCUGAUGACCAGGCGGGUCAGGCCACAGCGGCAGCAGCAGCCCCUGCUCAUGAACUUGCAUCUGCUGGCCAAUCCUGGAGACUCCCUGCUGCUGCAGCACACCCUGGACCGCCUGCUGCGCUGGCUCUGCCCGAGCCUUCGCAUCUUCCACGUGUCAGAGAGGGCCGCCCCGUUCAGAAGUUACACCCGCCUCUGUCCCGUGGCAGGCUACCCUUCCUUGGCCAUCACUUUCUUCCUCCACGAGGCCUAUGGAGAGGAACGAAUCCUCAAAGUGCUGGACUUCUUUCAAAGGCCUCCCUGGCAGUACCAUCACACCGAGAGCUGCGGCAACCGAACCGGAGGGAUUAACAUUACCUCCACCAGCUCCCCUGCCAACGCCCAGCUACGGCCCUAUCUGCUGCCCAGCAGGGACUUCUACAGUUUGGGUGCAGGCAUGCCUGUGUGGGGGGUUCGACCGGUGCACUGCGGAGGAGAAAUUCUACGCGUGACACUGUACAGUGGAUAUGAAAACUAUGAGGAUGCCGUGCGGUUGUAUGAAACGGUGCUGCAGCGACAGGCAGAGGAGCAGAAGACUGGUUUCUGCUGGUUCACCCUCCACUCAGAGCCAGGGUUGUGUCUGCAGCUCGCUUUGAAGCAGUUGUCACCUGGGGUUCGGGUGGAGCCGUGCAGCUCUGCCGCGCUGCAGUUUAGUGUGGAUGAAAUUGGCCAACUGGUCCCACUGCUGCCCAACCCCUGCACACCCAUCAGCAAUACUCGCUGGCAGACAGAAGACCUCGAUGGCAACAAGGUUCUGUUCCAGGUGAAAACCCCAGCUCAGCCUCAGCGACCUUUGACCUGUGCUUUCCCCCCGACCUGCCCCAGUGUGUCCCCUCGAGGAACGCAGCUCAGGAGCUCGGGUCAGGGCCACAGCCCGUCACCCUGCGGCCUCACUACUCCCCUGCCCUGGCAAACACACAGACAAGGUCACAGGCCGCGCAGUGACCCUCUCCUGGAGAAGCUCCAUGGAGGAGGGGGUGGAGCGGAGAGCCUGGGGUCAGGGAGCUGCUGCAGCACGCCUCCCGGCAGCUCCUGUUACUCAUCCCAGCACAGCAGCCCCGCCCCGCCCUCAUCCUCCAAUCAACCAGACUCUCCUUUGCGCCCCUCCAUCACACACUCCCUCUCCCACCUCCUUCUGGAAGAGGACGAGGAGGUGCCAGAGACCAACGUGGAUACGGGAGUCCCCGUCUCCCCUCGCGCUGAUGCAGCCACCAAACCGAUCGUUCGCUCUCCCUCCGUAGACCUUUUGGCGACUUUUCAUUCCGAGAGACCCGCGGCCGUCGGGGCUUCGGCUGUGGAAAGUUUUGCCAGGGAGUUGAGUGAGGGUCUGCCACGGACACACUCGCAGCCUCAGGACCCCUCCAGGAUGUGGGGCUGUGACGGUCAUAUAGAUGGAGCCAGGGAGGGCUGCGACAGUAGGACGAUGGCAGUGGGACAGAGCCCGUCCAAAGGGCCUGUGGUAGAGAACAGGACGACUGCUGGGCUGCUGUCAGCAUGCACAAACAAUGGGGAGCCAGUAGAUGAGUUCUUCAUCUGAACACCUGCCCCUGUGCCACAUGCUGUGGUAAUGAUCACAGUGCAAACACAUAUCACACGGAGAAGAUGAGAAACCCUUUAAAAGAGGAUCAGAAGUUAAAGAAGGUGUCAGUGCUCUGGAAACCUCAAGCUCAGCCGCAGGAGACACUUUUCACUUGAGUGUGUUGGUUUAUAAACUCUUAUAAUGUUGUUACAGAGCUGAAACCAGGUUUCACAUAGUGAAACUAGAGCCUAGUGGCGUUUGCUCCUAUUUGUUUUAAAUGCACUUCAAAUGAUCAUUGUUCUAGUAUUUGUGUGUUGGAAGGUAGAAGUGGUGCACUAGACCUGCCCAAAUUACAGUGAUGAAGAAAAUGCUCCCCAACUCAUUGUUUCCCCCUUAGAUAGACAACUGUUAACAGGAUUUUCUUAAGAACUAUUCAAGAGGACCCGUGGAAGCGUUUAAUACUAACAAUUGUUAUGUACAGUAGAGCUGCAACAGUUAAUCGAUUAAUUGAUUAGUAAUCGAUUACUAAAUUAAUCGCCAACUCUUUUGAUAAUCGGUUCAAGUAGUUUUUACGAAAAAAAAGUCAAAAUCCUCUGAUUUCA